GUGAUGUAAACAUCGCAAUGGCCUAUAUUACAUACAAGCGGCUUCGACCGUUAUAAGUCAAAUCGAAAAACUCUCGGAACUGUCUCAGUAUCGCGGACGACGUUGAACAAACCGAUUGAAUUAACGCGUGUGCGUUAUUAAACCCUAUUUAUUUUUUCGUUCGAUCGAAAAAUGAGUCAAACAGAGGAGAGACAGACGUUGAGGAUGUUGAUCAUGGGCAUGACGUCGAUCAAGCACGGUGUCGGACGACUCAGGACUGCUAUGAGGUCGGUUUUAAAUGCGCCCGAAGAAGUCGGGAAUGAAGCUUCUGAAAAUGAGCUUCAGCGAGAGGAGAGAGCCCCGGAGCAGGUUCCCGAGGAGAAGAAUAUCGCGACUUAUGUCCAAGCGAUUCACGAAUUCCGAAGAAGCUCGAAAUCAAUGUCACCGAGUCCAACUGAAGUUCAAGAACAGGUGGAGCCACCACUACGAGCAGAAUCACCAGUGGGGAUAGGGCCACUACCGGCAUCACCGGAAUCGCCGGUGAAGCCACCGGAUAAUUUGCUGGGACCAGCGUCAGGGCCACCGAAAGCCAAAUCAGAUGAGAACGACAGAAGCCCGUCGGAAGAAGGUAGCCAAGCAUGCGAAACUGAUGCGCAAAUUUUCAGCAAUUUACCAGCAAUCUACCAAAGACGAGGGUCCGAUAAUUCAAUGGAAGGAGUCAACUUUCCACCGUCCGCGACGAUAGAGCUGUCCAGAGAGCCGGAAAGAGGAAACAACCGGGGCGUAGAGCACAUACAAUGGUGCUUCCCAGAGUAUCCAAUAUUUAAUUUGCCUUUAAAACUUUUUGUGGGCUUUGUUGCAAUAAUUGGUGUAUAUCUGAUAAUAUAUGCAGCAAUACUCAUCAUCCAUCACAACCAGCGAAGGGUGGAUGACGACGAUUAUCUUGACUACGACAUGGAGCAACACUAAUUUCUGAAUGAAAAUAAAUGUUUAUUUUUUAGACUCGAUUGAAUAAAAAAUAGCAAUAUUUAUUUUUAUACAGCAA